ACGUCACAAUAGCGUCGCAGCGGCACGUCGUCGCCAUUUUCGCAGCUCUUUGUAACCAUUUGCUAAGAGUUUGCUGCCUUUACGGGGCAAUUGACCAACGUCUAUUUAAUUUAGUGAGAAAAGAUGCAAGGAUUCAGAGGUCCCCAACAGAACCACGGACUCAACCGUCCGGGAGACCACAUGGGCGAUGGAGCUAACAGCAACGGGCAGCAGCCGGAGCCCAGCGAGCAGACCAACCCCAACGCGGCCUUAACCCUGGACCCGCAGAGCUUCAGAAAACCCGGGGAGAAAACGUUCACCCAGCGGAGCAGGCUGUUCGUCGGAAACCUCCCGACCGGAGUCACCGAGGAGGAGCUGGAGAAGUUGUUCGCCAAGUAUGGGAAGGCCAGUGAGGUUUUUGUGAAUAAGGAGAGAGGCUUCGGCUUCAUCCGGCUGGAGACCAGGAUCAUCGCCGAGAUCGCCAGAUCCGAGCUGGAUGACUUCGUGGUCAAAGGCCGGCCCAUACGGGUGAGGUUUGCCACUCACGGUGCCGCGUUAUCUGUGAAGAAUUUGCCAGAGUUCGUGUCCAACGAGCUGCUGGAGGAGGCCUUCGCCAUAUUCGGUCAGAUAGAACGGGCAGUGGUGAUCGUGGACGACCGUGGGAGGCCCACGGGGAAGGGAAUCGUGGAGUUCACCACGAAGCCAGCUGCAAGAAAGGCUCUGGAUAAGUGCAGCGACAGUGCCUACCUCAUGACAGCUUUUCCUCGACCCAUUACAGUGGAACCAAUGGAGCAGUUUGAUGAAGAUGAGGGACUGCCAGAGAAGCUGAUCAACAAAAACCAGCAGUAUCACAAAGAGCGUGAGCAGCCUCCACGGUUUGCCCAGCCCGGCUCCUUUGAGUACGAGUACGCCAUGCGCUGGAAAGCCCUGAUGGAGAUGGAGAAGCAGCAGUACGAGAUGGUGGACCGCAACAUGAAGGACGCUCAGGAGAAGCUGGAGCAGGAGAUGGAGGCGGCCAGACACGAGCACCAGGUGAUGCUGAUGAGGCAGGACCUGCUGAGGCGGCAGGAGGAGCUCCGGAGGAUGGAGGAGCUCCACAGCCAGGAGGUGCAGAAGAGGAAGCAGGCCGAGCUCCGACAGGAGGAGGAGCGCCGCAGGAGGGAGGAGGAGAUGAGGCUGCACAACGAGGAGUUGAUGAAGAGGCAGCAGGAGGGCUUCAGGGGCAGCUUCCCUGAAAACAGGGAGCAGGAGAUGAGGAUGCACAUGGGGGGCCACGGGAUGUCCAUGAACAGAAAUUCACUGGGUGGAGGUUCGGGCUCCGCAGGUACCGCCGGCAUAACGGCUGAGAGUUCUCCAAUGAUGUCAGGGUCCGGAAACAACAACCUGCCUGUUGGAGGCCAGGGGGGCUUCUCCAGGGGGCUCCCUGGCUCCGGAGACUAUAACAAACAGCGCAGAUUUUAAAUCCCAUGUAUUAUUCUCCUUUUUCAUACUCUCUGUACUUUUAAGUUGAAGGUAGUUGGGGGUGUUAUGUUUGACCUUUGGAAUCUGCAUGUAUGUUUUAUUUUUUUAUUUUUAUUUUUUGUACCUUUUUUUUUCUUUGUAUUUUUGUCUUAUUUUAGUACUAAUGUGUCAAAACCCUUCAGACGAGCCACACAAUUUUAAUUGCUCUAAAUAAGAAUUGAUUUCUUAGGAAUAGAAAAUGGUUUUUGUCCUGGAAAUGUGACAUUUUCUGAAAUAAAUUCAUGAUUCCCUAAAA